GGUGGAAGUGCUGUGCGUCAAGUUAAUUCAUCCACCGUCCUCUAAUGUUAGUUUAAUUUCAAUUUCUAGCCUUUAUCGCAGUAAAUAUAUAGCUGUUUUUUCUCUGGCGUUUGACUUUAACAGUUAAAAACGGGACUGCUAUAUUUCAACUACAUUUCCCAUGAUGCACCGAAACUAGCCGACAGUUUUGCUUCCGGUUUAUUUAAAAACGCUAAAGCCACAUUUUCAGAGUUUUAACCGGCAAAAUGUGAAUUAGGACGCAGAAGACUCACUUUUAGUGCUUUACGCGAAUUCCUCAAGAGAUGUUUGCUGUUUUACAAGCUUCUUCACACCUGCCAGGAUGGAUCUUGGUAAGGCUAAGCUAAUCAGGACGGGUCUCAACUGUCUUCACCAAGCCAUCCACCCCGUGCACGGGAUCGCCUGGACGGACGGCAAGCAGGUCUGCCUCACGGCGCUCUACUUCAUCAAUGGGGAGGUGAAGUUUGGGGACACUAAUGUUAUCGGGCAGUUCGAGCACGUCUUCGGGCUCUUCUGGGGGCCGCUGUGCUGCUCGGAUUCUCCUGCUCUGUUGGCCGUUCAGCACAAGAAACAUGUCACCGUGUGGCAACUGCAGCUCAGUGCGCUGGAGCAGAACAAGCUGCUGUGCACUCAGACCUGUGAGAUGAGCGAGCCUUUCCCUUUGCUGUCUCAAGGUUGCGUCUGGCAUCCGAAACUGGACAUUCUAGCUGUGCUGACGAAGAGGGACACUUCUGUGCUGUUUUCUGUCAGAGUGGACAACCGGAGAAUCAAAGCAGACAUUAAAGGUAGUGGACUCAUUCACUGUGCUUGCUGGACUAAGGAUGGUACACGCCUGGUGGUGGCUAUAGGCAGCGCUCUCCACUCCUACAUCUGGAAUGACAUCCAGAAGAGUCUGGUGGCCUGCUCCUUCUGCCCCAUCUUUGACGUCGGGGGGUACAUCUGUGCCAUCGAGGCGACAGGGGAGGCUCAGGUUGCCGUGGCUACAGAGCUGCCUCUCGAUAAAUUAUGUGGGUUGAAUGCAGGCAUCGCCUUCGACAUGUCGACAGAGCAGGACUCGCUGCAAGGCCAUGGCUCGCACAUGUCAGAAGACGACAGCCUGCUGGACUCGAGGAGGAGGUCGUUUGAAUCAGAGAGGGCUUUCAUGCCCAGCUCAGGUCCUCUAGAUCUCACCCACCUCCUGGCGAGGCACCGUCGCUCCGACCCAAGCCCCCUCAUCCACCUGCGUCGCCGAGACACAGUGACGGGUUCUGGACAGGAUUCCUCACACCUCAUUCUGGUUACCUACGACCGAAAGGUCACCACCACCCGCAAAGUCAGCAUCCCAGGGAUUCUGGUCCCCGACAUUGUUGCUUUCGAUCCGCGGGGAUCCACAGUCGCGGUGGCCUCCAACACCUGCAGCAUGGUUCUCGUUUACUGCAUCACUGCGUCUGCGAUGCCCAACAUCCAGCAGAUUUCUCUGCAGGCGAACGAUAGGCCCAAAGGAGUGUGCUUCCUCAGUGACAAGAUGCUGCUGUUGAUGGUGGGCAGGCAGAAGUCCAACGACCCUGCCUUCCUACCGUCUUCCAACACAGAUAAAUACAUUCUUCGCCUCAUAGCCAAAGAGCUGAUGUACGAUGGAGAGACUUCUGUCACGCCAUCCCCCCCUGCCAACCAUGAGUCCACUUCUAAUUUCUGCGCACGGAUUAGGAGACACUCAGAGAACCUGUCAAAGGAUGACAGGGAACGCACAGGGAUAAAGGACUUGGUGUUGCCUGGAAGGGGGAUAGUUGGUUCGCCAGGGAACAGGCGCAGGCUGGUGGAGGAAGUGAGGAGCACCGAGGCCAGCCCCGUCACCAGCUCUGUGGACUUCUCUGACCGAGCUUCAGACAGAGCCCCGUCCAGUGCCUCUUCCGUCACGGUGGAGAACUUUGACAUGGAUCACGUCAACCGUAUGUCCAGCCUGGCGGUGGCCGGCCAGGUCAGCAGGGAGUCCAGCCGGUGCAGCUCUCCUCGCUUCGAGCCGUCGGAGAAGCUUCACUCGGAGCCGACGCUGCCAAUGCCUGACAAAACCUCUGCCGGGGCAAAAGAGCGGGCGCUGGAGCAGCUGGUUCAUAACAUGGAGAGACUUUUUACUCGCUUUACAGAAGUGCAGCAGUGCCUGACGGAAAUCAGAGAUUGUACGCAGAAUGGCAAGAAGGCCCUGACUGUCUACCCCAAUGCCUGUGAAGCCCCUUAUGUCAAUGUCACAUACCAGAAGCAGUUGUCAGAAAACGUGUUCAUUGACGAGCGGAGGCCGGUGCUGCUUUGUGACGGGAAGCUGUGUCUGCGCGCCCUGCAGGACCUGUUCGGCCUCACCAUUGUGGAGAUGAUGUAUGGACCGUUGUGGAUUGUACUCGUGGCAGACGCAGACGGCUUUGUUCCUUUGACGUUUAAGCCCAAAGAUGAGCUCACGGUGCGGAACGGGAAGCGAAAAUCGACCCUUCGGACUCCUGGGAGUCCAGAGAACUCCAGUCCAACCAGCCCAGCCCCCAGCCAAAACCCAAACACAACCACAGAGGCCUCCACGUAGUAGCUCUGAACACACACAACCUCAAUGUGUGGACUCAAAUAAUCUGAUUGGUUCACAGUACAGAUGGAUCUCAACUGAUUCUGCUUUAUUGGGAUCAAUACCAAUCUUGAUUUUUAGGCAGUAAAAAACUACUUUGCCAAGAUAUCAGCUGAUAUUCUGGAGAGAUGCAACCAUAUGUGGCAGUAAUUUCAAAGCAAUUUAUGUUACAAUUUAAGUAGAGACACCACUUGAUCUCCUCGGAUGUGACGGUUACUCUGCUACAUGUGCUGCAGAGAGCUAGUUAUGCUGGAUAAACUAUGCAAAUGCCAAUUCUAAAUGAUCUUUGACUCUUUUUUUUUAAAAUCAUAUUCUGUAACAACACAGGUUUUCAUAUUGAACAUAUAUGCCGAAAAGUAUGAGCUGAUAUCGGUCGGUCUCUACCUUCUGUGAGCCACAUUAAACUCAUUUUUGUAUUGAACCACAGUGUAGAUUUGAAAAGGGCUGCCUGUGUAAUGUUUACUACUUUGAAAUGGAAGCUUACCGAAGAGAAACUGGGGGUAAUGAGCCACAAUUGUUUCCCUUUCUUGUUUUUUUUUCUUACUUUGACCAAAUGCAGUGCAGCUUUGAGCGUCUUCUACAGAGAUUUUCUUCACAAGAGAAAAUACUGGCUAAUGUAUGACGUAAAGCACUCCAGAUUUCUCAGCACUUAAAUGCUAAAUAUUUUACCUCAAAUGUCACAAGUUCAAAUUACCCAUGCUGUGCAGCCAUUUGGAGUGAAAUUGAUCUCUAUUACGGUCAUGACAACACAACUGAAGCACUUUUUCCUCGGUUCAGUACCACAACUGCCCACAAGGGGGAGCAGCAGCAACAGAACAGUCUGUUUAGGUCACACACUGUUGUUAGGAUUGUUUUUGAAGGCCAAAACCGAAUGUAGCUAGCAUUCUGAAUAUUAAAUUUGCAUAACCA